AUGAUGCGUCAAUUCGACGUGUCUCGUCAGCACAUCCUGCGUGCAUUGAGUAACACGCCAGAAGAGGUUGCUUUGAAAGAACCAGUUGGCAACACACUUCCAUGCAGCUUUUGUGGGCGUUCCGGACGACCAGAGUGUGCUAUCACUAUCACUGUGCCUGCGAAAGCCGCAACGACUUGGGACACCAAGUGCGCGUACCAGCACCAAUUCCGAUACACGUCCGCCGAUGUCGCACCCGGCAAGACAACAAGAAAGACACCUAUCAUCCCAGUCAGUGCUGUUUGGCGCUACAAUAUGCAUGAGCACAUCUUACAGGAGCACGAGGAAUAUGUGGUACCGGGACAGAGAGAUGCUGGUUUAGCGCUGCCUGCGAAUGUUUGGAAGGAGAUGAGACUCACGGACUUGGAGCAGACCGCUUCACGCAUCCCGAAGACGUGUUGGAAGCCUUCCUAUACUCCCCCGGUCGAGAUUGGGAAGGAGAACAUACCUCUGUUGAUUUCCUGCAGUUCAAAACGCUCUGCCGCACCCCAGGCAGGUCCAUCUUGUCCUUCAAAGAAGGCUCGAACAACUAUUCCAGCGGCUCUUGUAGCAGAUAGCUCAGCGACGUACGAAGUCAACUAG